AUGAUGAUGCAAAACGAGGACGACGAUCGUGGGAGGCAAGUAAACCGGAAAAAUGCCAAGAAGAACACGGCCUACAAGCCCACUAGUGGGUAUUUCGGGGGCCUUGCCGGGGUCAGGAAGGACAGCAGAGAUAACAGCGAGUUGUUUGUUGAUAAUGCUUCGCACAGGAACGGACCGUACAGCAGUCACGGAGCAGGCGGGGGACGCGAUGAUGACUCCAAUAUGCUGCGAGACCGCGGCGCUGCGCAGAAUCACGGUCGCGGAUAUGGGAAACAUCGGCGCCGCCGAAGAUCGCGGUCGAAGGAGCGCAACAACAAUUGGUCGACGUUCUUUGGCAAUACUGCAGGCCCUGGCAGUUCUUCGAGCUCCGUGGCGGGGAACAAUGUGGGCGGGGGCGGCGGUUGUAAUGCGCACCCACUUCACCCGCCUUCGGAUCUGUUUCAAGAACAGAACGACGACCGCAACGUUGGCCAAGGAGGAGGAAGCCGUUGGUUGAAAAAGGGCGUUUACUCCGAGCGGAUUCGCGGCCGGACCAAAUCGAAGCAGAAGCAAAGGAGCAGAGAACAGGCUCAGCGGAGCAGAGAACAGCACGGGAAGAGGAACAACGCGGCUGGUUCGCACAGCAACUACGGGCAGUACGGUGCUUACAAGAACUCUUACAACGAACAGGACUACUAUAACAACCAGUACGAGUACGAAGUGGACGAAAACGGCCGGCGCAUCGAUCCGCACGCUGCACAAGGAGAAAGGGCAGCUGCCUUGAUCCACCAACGCAGUGGAGAGAAUAAUAAUAAUGCUACUUCUACUUCUUUAUCUUUCCCCAUGCCCAAGAAAUCGGGACGGUUGGUUUCCAAAGACGGCGAGUUUGAGGUCGACGACGAGAUGCAUGGCGGGACCGGAACUGGUUCUAACGGGGGCGAAAAUUAUGUGAAACAAGCAGGCGACCACCUGAACGAGGGGAAAGCGCUGUACCCAAUCAAGGGCGCGGUGUUGCAGCCCUGGAACGUAUUGCUGAAUACGGACGGGAAGCGGGAGGAAUACGCGGAAAGGCAGCAACAGAUCAAGGCGAGCAAGGCUACUGCUGCUUGGCAUCAGGAAGAUGCUGAGGACGACGACUGGGACGAUUGGUGGACCUGGACGGAGACCAUACCUGUGCGGACGGUGCGGACGGACGGACAGACGAUGACCAUGAUCAAAGGAGUAGCACAUCCUGAUCCGGACAUACUAAAUGAUAAUCAGCCCAAGAAUAACAUCCUGAAUACUAAAAAGCACCAGCCUCCGGCGUGGCAAGGAGGAAAAGUCGCCAGAGUGGGAACAACAGGGGAAGCUGCCGCGUCAGCGAAUGGAGACGCGGCCAGCAGUAGUUCUAGCGCGUCAUCCUCCUCGGCUGCGAAUGUGGUGACGACGAUCCCAGAAAAUAGUAACCCGCCCCCCGACGCGCCGGAAGCUCAAGCUGAUGCAACUCAGUACUCGGAAUUUUACUGCUUUAUUGUCUAGCUGCGUCGACCACGACUUGGUAAUUUGCUUUAAUAUCACCGAUACAGCAAAUAGCAAGUUGUGGAAUUAUACGAAACGCCACGGAAGUGUGCUGAGCGUCAGAUGUUGGCAGAAAAGGAAUAAAAAUAGAGAGAGAUGAGUCUGCCAAAUACGAGUUAGCUGCAGCUACGUAAAAACUCUUCGUAAUGUUUCAAAAAUAUUCCUUACUUUCGCUUCAUUUUUUAUAGAACACGCACUAUUUCAUAACAGGGCGACUCCGAGUGAGGACCCGGAAGAACAGAGCAGACGGCUGGAAAGCCAUGUCGUGCAUGGCAGACAAGUCGAGAUCGACCACUUUUAUGCAUUGCAGUUCGAUGCCAGCACAUCAUCCGUUUGGUUCUGUCAGUGUAGUGCCCGUGUGAAGUAGCUCUUUUUGAUGUGCGAGCUCAUUCACUUUCGGGUGCUUUCGUGACGGUAUCUGUAGGGUAUAGAUUGCUAACUGAAUUUGCGUUCCUCCUCAUGUAUCCCACAAAUCAAUGGAGAAAAAGCAUCAGAUGGAUGCGCAACUGGAUGUUGAGCUGGCAUUUUGCUGCAGGAUAUUAUCAAGAGCAGUACUAUGAACUGCAAAUAUCGAAGAUCGGAUCGCUAGCUGGUGUAGAACAACGUCCGAACAACAUAAGUACACAAAUUUUCGAAACGGCAAAAAUGUUCCACUAGCUACAGUUCCACCGAACGAAAACACUCUGUCAUGCGGGAGCAGCAAGAGCGGCUUUCUAUGUUACUUACCAGUUUCGCGGAAAGGCCGGGAGGACCGCCAUACGAAGAAGAGAGUCAGGUCCUUGGCUCUGCAGUGUAGUGCCAAGCUGAUUUCUGGUGUGCAUUUUUUCGGGUCCUUGCGGUCCUCCUCGAUUUAAUGUCAUCUGUGCAUGAAGAAGAAGAACACAAAUCAUUUUCGGGGUUCCAUUCCGCCCAGCCGAGACACAUCUUUGAUAUUUGCAGCAGUCGAUAACAGCACCGUAUAAGCGUCGGAGGAAAAUUCGCAGGGCAAUACGUCAUCAAGAACCGUUCUCACCAGGAGAGUACUGUUUGUGUUUUGUCUUUCAUCGCGCAAAGGUCGCAAACUCCAGGCUCAGAAGUUCUAUCCUGGGUGAGAGAUCGUUAUUUUAGGUGGAUACAAAAUCAGAACUAUCAACAUCGAUCGAUUGGUAGAACGGUAAGUCUUCCCAGUCCCUAGAUGUUAGAAGUAUUUCCUCUAGUACAAUUGAACAAUCUAUCAGGCUCCCCGAACCACCGCCGGACACCCCGCGGGCAGAUAAGUUCAGGACGCGGAAGCAGUGGCAGCAGGAAAUGGUGGCCUGGAGAGACCAAACCAUUGCGUACAUCGAUCGGUUCGAAUUUGAGGGGGACCAACUUGAGUCCGAUGGGACCUCCUCCGAGGAAGACGGGGAGAUGCGAUCCCAUACCGGAAGCACCAAGGUGCAGGGCAGCGACGUCGACGAGGGACCCGCGCCGGGAAGUUCGAUCCAUGGGGGAUCGGGCGUUGAGACCGGUUCCCUGGCGGGCGAGGAUGUCGUGAGCAUGAUGGAUCAAAACCUCAACAACAACUUCCAGGAAGUUGUUGACAAAAAACCUCCACACGAUCACGGCCAGGACCACCACACGACGACGACCGAAGGAGGAGCAGCUGUUCCACCUGGUGCGGACGAAAAUAGUACCUACAACCGAGGCCACGUUGAGAACAACGAUUCGGGGCGCGCAGUUCAACACCAGCCGUCGAGCUCUUCUUCGCAAAGUCCUCAACCUCAGCUAGAACAAAUCACCAGCACUGCAGCUCGAAAAAACAGCAAGAGCGAAAUUCUCCCGCCCCCGAGUGGAGCUGGUCCGGCAGCGGGGUCGUUCUUUGUAGGGCAGCGUCAACAUGAUGCGUUUACGUCAGGAGUGAAAAAGAACCGCGCGGCUUCUAGCAGCAGUGUUACUUCUACCAGUAGCUUCGCCCAGCAGCAGUGGCUGAGGGAGCAGCAGCAAUUCCAGCAGCCGCCGCACGGCGGUGGUUUACUAUUUCAGCAUUCGGGCGGGUCGUCGAGGGUGAAUUCUGUGAGCAGUGACCGUCCGCGACCUGGGGAGCGAAAGAAUUCGAAAGUCCUGCCGCCGCCACAGAGAACGAAAAGCGGCUCUCUGGAAUUGAGUCGCUCGUCGUCCCAAAGGAUGAUGUCAAGGGCCAACUAUCAAAAUGAAAAAUCCGCCCACCCCAUAUUCAAACUAGAAAUUUGUGAUGCAGAUUUGUGGUCACAAAUCAGCUUUGUCAUGCUAGACAGGAAAAGAUGCGGACUGUAGUGCUGGUUGGCGUGGGGAAACCUUGCAUCUUCAGCAUGAAAGGGGGCAGCUGGAAGUGGGAAACAGCAUUACAAAUUGCCUGCAAACGAGGCCGCCGCUGCGUCUCUUGGCCUCCUAGCAUUACAAGUCGAUUUGUGUACUCAAAUACAGCUUCACAAAUUUCGUUUUCGAUAUGGGGAGGGGGGAUUUUUCCUCCUGAUACCAACAACAGUAGCAACAUGAUGGGCCACAAAACACGAGGUCACGACAAAAAUCUUCCACAAAACACACAGUUUUCAACAUCGGACGAAGGUAAAGUUUCCCGUGCGCAGGAUUAUAUUGCGGCCGCGGACACCACACGGAGGCUGGACGAACAGAGUCGCGACCAUCUGCUGGCGGUGCGGGCCAACGAGGAGCGGAAGCGGCAAAUGCAGGAGCAGGGGCUGAUUCAGGAGCGGGAAAAGCGCGUGGGCGCGAUGAGUGCCAUUGAGAAUGUCGGGAAGGAUAUCAUGGGUUGGGACGCGAACUUCGGCGGCGAGGAUGCUGCUGCGGCACGGCAGGCGGACGAGUUGCUGGGGACGGUAGACACCGGCCUAGGUUGUAGUGGUGGUUCCGGCAUUAACGGGUCGGCUUCAUCCGCCUGCUUGUCUUCUGGUAGUAGCGGGAUUAUCCCGCCCGGGCAGCAGUGCAGCUGGGAGGAGGUGCAAGAGGAAUUUCACCCCUUGUACCAAAAGCCAGAUUACAAGAACAAGAUUGACGAUCUUCUCGACGGAGGCGGGAACGCACGCGUCCGGAACGCCAUUUAUGCGUCGCAAAUUAGCGCCCUGGUGGAAGAGUCAGUAUUUGGCAUAUGCCCAUGGUCAUGACUUCUGUGAUGCAUGCCCUAGCAUCACAGAUUUGUGGAGGGCUGCUUGAUGCCUUCCCCGCAUCAGAAAUGCCCGCUCCGCGUAGCACAACCACCAAGUGGACUCUUUUUGCUGGUUAUGCAAUGCAGCUCUUUAUUAUUCCCAAACUCGACUGAUCCUUCCAGACCCAGACACGUUUGCAAUGCAUACCAUUGUGCCGAGUACGAUCCCCGGCUUGGAAACGCAUAUUCCCGGCAUGGAAAUUUCAGAAGAGAAAAGCACUGAAGAAGCUGGUAAUAACUGUGCAGUGGACCUUUACCAGGGACAAGUAAGCAGCGAUCGGAUUGCCGGGAUUAUCCUAUGUAAAAACGUCCCCACACCAUAGUUGUAAUGCAGAUUUGCAAAGACAGGAAGACUUGUAAUGCGCAUCCGCAUGAGAGCCAUUUUCAAUCGUGUUUUGGAAUUUGUGAUGCUGUGAACAGGAUGAGCAGAUGAAUCUGUGACGCGGCUGCACUUGCUAACCUGCACUACACUGCAGAGUGCAACUCGUCAUGCGUGACUCACAAAACUCCUAGGUUUGUGUUGCAAAAUCCCCUUCCUGACUCUGGUGUGGGUACGUUUUUACUCAGGAUAGCAAUGGUGCUGGCAGGAGCAACUUCUAGCAGUACUACAGACUCUACGAUCUUGGGCAUGCCUUCCCGUCAACAGCAGGAGCAUCUGCAAAACGGGAACGAUGGUAUUGAGUCUUUCUUGAGCAACUUCGACCAGUUCGCCCCAGCAGCCGGUGUACCGGAUAAUAUGCAGCAACAGCGAGAGCAUUUGCCCGCAAUGGCGGUGAACGCGGUCGUGCCAACGCCCGUGCGCUCGAACAUGAGGAACAACGCCAUCGGCUCAGUUUUGAAUCAGGCGAUGAUAUGAAGAAAGCCAUAUGCAGGCGAGUGCAGGCAAGUGGUCCUUCUAUUAUUUGUUCUUUUUUGUGUAUACACACACUUGACAUAAUGUGAAGAGGACCACCGAAUUUUCCGUUCUUUACCACCUCAUGGAAGUCGUCCUUCAUAUCAACAUUUUUGUGCUACACGACAACUGCCUGACACUGCCUUUAGCUCGUGAUGCGCACCUUCUGAGUUUUUAGUUCUUUAUUAGUACCAAAUAGAACUCAUGAAGGGCGCUGGACUACUUUUGCUUCAUGAAAUAGUGAAUAGUGAAUAUUAAAUUCUCAUUUUGGAUCUUAUUGUUAUCUUCGAUAAGUAUAAGUGAUGUGUGACCUCGAUAUGCGGUCCGGAGACCAACAAGAUACGAACGCAGAGGCGCGCCUUCGUGUCUGUUUCUGUUUCUGUGCAUGAGUGCUUACGACGAGCCAAAAGAGCUGAUUGAAGGUCGUAGUUCUGGUUUUGUUUUUGCAAAAAUCGACUGCAGCCGCGGAUAAGUACAUAGGAUCGUUCUGUGUUGAUAGGCAGACAGAACUGGUGACUCACGGAAACUCACUGAUAGGCACAGCUUUAGGACCUGGAAUUGGUUUGCAGGAUCGACUGAUCAAUUUAUCUUGACUCAUAUACAUCUUACAGCUUGCUGUCAUUUUUUUCUUGUUCCG